UUCGCGGCUACCGUAGCCCCGUGACUUAACAUGGCGCCGCCCAGUGAAGAUCCCACGUUGCCGGUCCGGAAGAAGCUGCCCCGUCCGUCGUCAUGGCCGCUCGCCAUAACAACAAGCUGCCCUUCAACCUGCCGCAGCUGCAGAACUUGAUCAAGCGGGACCCGCCGUCUUACACCGAGGAGUUCCUUCAACAGUUUCGCCAUUAUAAGUCCAAUGUGGAAAUAUUCAAACUUCAGCCAGCAAAGCCCAAUAAAGAACUGGGUGAAUUGGUAAUGUUCUUGGCCCAGGUUGCCCAUUGCUACCCUAAAUAUCUAGAAGACUUUCCGCAACAGUUGAAGGAGUUGUUGUCCUAUUGUCACACAGUCUUGGAUCCAGAUCUUCGGAUGACGUUUUGCAGAGCUCUGAUCUUGCUGCGAAACAAGAACCUGAUUAAUCCCACAAGCUUGUUGGAACUGUUCUUUGAGCUCCUCCGUUGCCAUGAUAAAUUUUUACGAAAAACAUUAUACACCCACAUCGUUACCGACAUCAAGAACGUCAACGCCAAACACAAGAACAACAAAAUGAACACUAUGCUUCAGAGUUUCAUGUACACAAUGCUGCAAGACAGCAACCCAACUGCAGCCAAGAUCUCACUGGAUGUGAUGGUGGAGCUCUACAGAAGGAACAUCUGGAAUGAUGCCAGAACUGUGAAUGUCAUCACGCUGGCUUGUUUUUCCAAAGUCACCAAGAUCCAAGUUGCUGGAUUGACGUUUUUCCUCGGAAAAGAUGAAGAUGGAAAGAAAGACAGUGAUUCAGAAUCGGAGGACGAUGGUCCCUCAGCAAGAGACCUGAUGGUACGGUACGCCACAGGAAAGAAAACGACAAAGAACAAGAAGAAACUAGAGAAAGCUAUGCGAGUUUUAAAAAAACACAAGAAAAAGAAGAAACCAGAAGUAUUCAACUUUUCAGCAAUCCACUUAAUCCACGAUCCCCAAGAUUUUGCGGAGAAACUGUUAAAGAAUCUGGAAUCCUCCAAGGAGAGAUUUGAAGUGAAGAUGAUGCUGAUGGAUCUAAUUUCUAGGCUGGUUGGGAUUCAUGAGCUUUUCCUCUUCAACUUUUACCCUUUCAUACAACGAUUCCUGCAACCCCACCAAAGAGAAGUUACCAGGAUUCUUCUUUUUGCUGCACAAGCAUCUCAUCAGCUUGUCCCACCAGAGACUAUUCAGCCAGUCAUCAUGACGAUAGCCAACAACUUUGUGACGGACAAAAAUUCUGGGGAAGUCAUGACUGUUGGGAUCAAUGCUAUUAAAGAGAUAUCUGUUCGCUGCCCUCUGGCCAUGACGGAAGAUUUGCUUCAAGACCUGGUUCAAUACAGAUCUCAUAAAAACAAAAAUGUAGUGAUGUCGGCAAAGACACUCAUCCACCUGUUCCAGUCACUGAAUCCACAAAUGUUGCAGAAAAAAUUCCGGGGUAAACCGACAGAAGCCACAUCAGAAGCCAAGAUCCACGAAUAUGGGGAACUGGAUGUCAAAGAUUACAUUCCAGGAGCUGAAAUCCUGGAGCUCGAGAAGGAAGGAGAAAAAGACCUUGAAGAAGAUGGAGACGGUUGGGAGACGGCCAGCUGCAGCGAAGAGGAAGACGAUGAAGAGGGAGAAUGGGUGGACGUGCAUCACUCCUCGGAUGAAGAGCAGCAAGAGAUAGCAAAAAAGAUGGAGAGCAUGCCUGUGGAGGAACGGAAGGCCAAGGCAACGGAAGUCAGCCGCGGCCGCCUUCUCACUCAAGAAGACUUUCAGAAAAUCCGGCUCGCUCAGCUGAGCAAAGAAAUCAAAUCCGCCCCUGGCAAGGCAGCCAAGAGGAAGAACGUCGAAAUAGACAGCGAGGAAGAAUCAAGGGGGGAGCUGCUAUCGCUUAGAGACAUCGAACACCUCCAUAAAAAACCUCGAUCUGAUAAAGAGACAAGAUUAGCCACAGCACUGGCUGGCAAGACGGACAGAAAAGAGUUUGUGAAGAAGAAAACGAAGCUGAACCCUUACGCCAGCUCCACAAACAGAGAGAAGAAAAAACAAAAGAAUUUCAUGAUGAUGCGAUACAGUCACAACGUCCGGACGAAAAAUAAGCGUUCGUUUAGGGAGAAGCAGCUGGCUCUACGGGAUGCGCUUUUGAGACAGAAGAAAAGGUUGAUGAAAUAACCACGGCACGGCAGAGGAUAAAAAUUUCAGAAAUUAUAGUUUGAAAAGUUAAAAUCUAAGAGGACUGGAGAAAGAUAACUGAAGAUGGUGAACUGUAAUAAACUGAAAACAAUAAACUUUCAUUCCCAAGAUAAUUUAAGAAAAAGAGACAUUGCAUGCACAAGAAAAGUAUAAAUGACAUUCAGCUAUUUUUCUCAGCUCAUGGCAGCCUUCAAGGAAGAUUUCUUUCAAAAAUUAAAAAAAAUUAAGAUUA